UUUUGCACCAGACAUAACCUGUUUACUUUACAAACAUGAAAGGGGCUUUAGGACUAGUAUUUUCGUUGUACCUAGUUUGUUGUGUUUUAGCACAGCAAUGUUCCAAAUAUCACUACGAGGAACAAAUUUUAUCAAAGGUAGUCCGGCUGGAACACAGAAUGGAACUACUGGAGGAAAGACUCAGUGAAAAGGGAGAAAAGGAAUGUACAACAUGCCCAGAUGGAUGGAUUUAUUACAAAGGGUCGUGUUACGUAAUUGUUGAUUUAAAUCUUUCGUUCGAUAAAGCACGAGCCAAUUGCCAAAAACUCCAUGCAGAUUUAGUUCAUAUAGAAAAUGCAGACGAGAACACAUUCCUUAGAAACCAUCUGAAAACAAUGAAAGGUACGAGUUUUUGGAUCGGACUCACUGAUACUGACACAGAAGGUGUCUUUAAAUGGGUUGAUGACAACUCCAGGGCAUCUUUUACAGAUUGGCAAUCGUCACAGCCAGACAAUGGCUCUGGAACUGAAGACUGUGCGCAUUUUUAUGCAAACUUCAAUUAUAAAUGGAAUGACGAUCAGUGUUACAAUUCUGCAAAGUCUAUUUGUGAAAAGAAAAGAGAAUAAGUAUUAGAGCGAGACUUAUAUUUGUAAAUCAUAUUUUUCGAAGAUUGUCAGUGAAAACAUUAAUUCAUUUUUUACCAUUAUUGAAAUAAAACAUAUCGCUAAAAAGCAACAAUAUGUGUUUAAAAUCGUUCUUUACAGAUUAAUCAAAUUAACACAAUGUAGUGUGAACAAUCCAAUAGUACAGUCUAUAUUCACUUUAUUUAAGCUUAGAAAAUUAAGCUUUUUCAUCAUAGCAAUUUGUUUGAAGAUUACACAGUCAAGUAUAAAGAAAAAUCAAACUUAUUUUUCAGUGAUUUCUUUCAUUGUACAUAUGCUUACUAAUAAAGAUUUAGAGGUUCGAGAACCAUAAGAUUAUAUAAAUGACGUCAUAUA